CGUCUCCGUGCGCCUGAGGUCGCUGUUCUGAGCGUCACCUCUCCUUCUUCUCUUUCGAUUUUGGAGUGAAAAUGGAGAAACACUGCACGAACUCACAAGUCAAAGGAGUCAGCACAGGGACCACCAUCCUGGCUGCCACUUUUGAUGGAGGGGUCGUGAUUGGGUCAGACUCCAGGGCUUCCAUGGGAGGAGAAUAUGUAUCAUCUAAGACCAUCAACAAGGUGAUUCAGGUUCAUGACCAGAUCUUCUGCUGCAUGGCUGGCUCCCUCGCAGAUGCUCAGGCCGUCACCAAGGCUGCAAAGUUCCACCUGUCCUUCCACAGUGUCCAGAUGGAGUCUCCUCCUCUAGUGAUAUCAGCAGCAUCGGUGCUGAAAGAACUGUGUUACAAAAACAAAGACGAACUACAGGCCGGCUUCAUCACGGCAGGCUGGGACAGGAAGAAAGGGCCACAGGUGUACGUUGUGGCUCUAGGUGGGAUGUUAAUGAGUCAGCCGGUUACCAUCGGUGGCUCAGGCAGCACUUACAUCUACGGCUACGUUGACGCCAAAUACAAACCCAACAUGAGCAGAGACGAAUGCCUACAGUUUGCCACUAAUGCUCUUGCUCUGGCCAUGGGCAGAGACAACGUCAGCGGGGGCGUGGCUCACCUGGUGGUGAUCACGGAAACGGGGGUGGAGCAUGUGGUGGUACCUGGUAACAAGUUGCCCAAGUUCCACGACGAGUGACUCCCUUUGAACUUAAUCACACAGACACAUGAAAAUGAGUUAUUGCCUGGAAACGGUGGAGUUUAUGUUGCUAUGAUAUGAUAUAAGAUGCAGGCUAGUUUAUAUAAAAUCAUUCCACAGUCAAAAACAUAAUAAUGUCCAUUAUAACAUAAGGUUUCUUUUAGCCUUUUGUGUGUUAUGUGUAGGUAUUUUAUGUGUGAAAAUAAAAUAAACAUAUACAU